AUGGAGAUAAAAUUUGAGAGGAGCAACGUGUGCUGUGGUGUUGAUGAUGAUGAUGAUGAUGAUGAUGAUGAUGAUGAUGAUGAUGAUGAUGAUGAUGAUGAUGAUGAUGAUGAUGAUGAUGAUGAUGAUGAUGAUGAUGAUGAUGAUGAUGGUGAUGCUAGUCAGUCGCGAGUAAAGGCAUGGGAACGUGGAUACGAGGGAAGGAGUAAAAGACAGGAUUUGAUCCCGCUCGUCCAGUUGUGA